AUGACCACGGAAACGUUGUCCAGAGAGGUAGACGCUCAUAUCGUGACCUUGCUUACAAGGAUAUCUGCAUUGAAGGAGAAUAACCCAGAUCUAACGGAGAAGAAAUCGCCUAUGUCGAUCGAAGCUCGCAGUUUGGAAUUGUGGAGAGCCGUAGCAGUAGAGUGUUUCGCCACUUUUCUGUUUAGUCUGGUUGUAUCCGGCGCGGCGGCCUCCUCUGCCGUUUCCGGAAGCGGACUCUCCGUUUUGGCCACCGCUGUUGCUUCAGGCUUCGUAAUUGCAGCGAUCUGCUGGAUCUUUGGUCACAUUAGUGGUGGCCAUGUGAACCCAGCUGUCUCGAUGUCUUUCGCUUUAUGUCGACGGAUCUCUCUGCUUCGGGCUUGUCUCUACAUCGCGGCGCAGUGUGGAGGUGGUAUAGCAGGCGCAGCGAUGCUGUAUGGAGUGACUACCCCUUCAAACACGCAGACCUUAACCUCUCCAGGUCGUCUUAGCGGUCCAAUUGAAAGACUCCUUGUGGAAUUGGCACUGUCUGUACUAAUAGUCUUGGCCCACUUCACCUCAGAAUCCUCUAAAUCAUUACCGAUGUUGAUUUCCUCGAAACCAGCUGGUGUGUUGGCCGCAGCAUACACAGCGGCCACUUUAGUUUCGAGUCCAUUCUUAAAUCCAGCCAGAGCACUAGGACCAGCCUUCGUCAGCAACCGUUGGGAUAACCACUGGGUGUACUGGGUGGGUCCACUAUCAGGCAGCGCAGUGGCAGCCCUUCUUCAUGAAUACGUACUGAAUCCAAAGCGAUCCAAAAACCCACGAGACAUAGACGACGGCGAUAAUUCAUCUAUGAGGUCUGAUGAAGACACCUACGACGACUUAGAUAAACCAUCGGGUCCCAAAUUCCCCAGCGCCUAUGCAACCUAUCGUCCAGUGGCUGGAGCAUCCUCUUCAAUCUAUAGUGCGCCACCUACUGCCUUGGAACGCGUAGAAUCAAUUUACGGUGGAACCAAAUCAUUGUACUGUAAAUCUCCACCAUUGACUAGGGCGAAUCUGAAUCGUUCGCAGAGUGUGUACGCUAAGUCAACGACAGGGACUAGAGACGGUCUGAUGAUCCCUAAACCAGGUCCACUUGUGCCUGCACAGAGCCUGUACCCUAUAAGGAUAGGCCAGACAGGCUCUAACUCUGGCUCUGGCAGAGAGAGUCAACAGCAAAAUGCACCCACUGGACAGAAUCAGACCCCUCAAAAUCACAAUAGUACUAAUCAGAAUAUGCAAAAUCAGCUUCAGCAGUGUACUCAGAGCAUCUAUGGUAUCAGAGGAAUCUCUACGAGUCUCAGUACCCGAGAAAAUGGCAUUUAUGGUGUUUCUACGGGAUCCAGUAUCUAUGGACGAGCUCCAGCUCCUCCUCCUGCUAGUCAGAACUCUCAGCAGUCUGCUUCAAACUCGUCUUCCACUCAAAGUCAUCAGCAGCAGCAGCAGCAGCAGCAGCAGCAGCAGCCACAACAACAGCAUCAGAAUGGAGCAAUAUCUGCAAGUUCAGACAACGCCGCUAAUUCUAGAAGACCAGAAAGCAUGUACGGGCAUAUCUCUAGGCGUAGCGAUGAUUCUGCUUAUGGUAGUUAUCAAGGUUCUACGAGGGGGAACUACGGGAAGGUACCUGGACCUCCUGGAACAACGGGACCGCCUAAUGGACCACCGGGUCCACCUCAAUACAGGGAACAGGGCAGACCUAGUCCUGCUGGACCAUUACAGCAAAAUCAGCAGAAUAGCUUUCAGAGGAAUUCGCCUAAUCCUCAGUACUGA